AUGUCUGGACCUGCUUCUGCUUUUAAAAAGGGUCGCCUGCAUCGCUUAGCAAGAGGAUUUGUUUGCAACCAGAGAAAUCAAAUGAAUCGAUCUCCCAUGGCUGACCAGUGGAUUAUCGAUGUUAAAAAUGGGUUUCGCAACCAGAAUCUGGCUUCCGUCCGAAGAUCUGACGAGGUGUCGAUUUAUAAAGUUCCCGAAUUCCUCGUCCAGCUGAAGCAGAGUGCUUAUGUUCCACAAAUGGUGUCAUUAGGCCCACUUCAUCACGCCGCGCAUCCUGAAAUGCUUACUCAUAAAUUGCAUGCUACACGGAAAAUGUUUGACAUGACUGACGAGGAAUUGGAAAAAGAAGUUAUAGGACCUAUUCUGGCCCUGGUUCCAAAGAAAUAUUUAGGGCCUUGGGUACUGGGUAGUACAACAAAUUGGGAUCACUGUCUUUUUAAUCGAAAUACUAUUGAAUAUACUGCAUACCCCAUAAUAACUGACAUUCUGAUGCUGGAGAACCAAAUUCCAUUCUUUAUUCUGCUCAAGAUAUUAGGGUUGCAGGGCCAAAAAGAUGAAGCAAGCGCAUUUACUGAGCUCUGCGAUUUGUUAGCUGGUGCUCGUAUAGCAAGGUUGUUCUACCCUUUUAAGGAGACAGCACCUUCCCUAAACGAUAUUCCACGCGCACAGAAAAGCAAGCAUCUUUUGGAUUUGAUCCGUAUGUAUGUCAUACACUCAUUCGAACUCCAUAAAGAUACUGACCAGCCAUAUCCUGAUCAUGCCAAACGAGAGAUUAUAAUCCCCUCUGCUUGUGAAUUACGGCGUGCUGGGAUCAAAUUCACAAAGAUGGAGGAAAAAUUUAUGGAGAUUAGCAUUAAGAAGAAUAGAUUUCACCUCCCCAGAAUCAGAAUCGCCAGUAGUGUUGAAACCCUCUUGCGGAAUCUAAUGGCAUUGGAAAUAUGUGAGGCGAAAGACAGGUGUGUGAUAUCAAGGUACGUUCUUCUCAUGUGUGAGCUCAUUCAUUCUGAAAGAGAUGUCUCUGUCCUAAGAAAAGCCAGAAUUAUCAAGAGCUAUAUGGGAAGCGACCGAGAAGUGGCCGAUCUAUUCAACAGACUGAGCAAAGGCAUAACCAGAAGCUACAAGGAUCCUUUUGCUAAAGUGAGAGAAGAUGCCCAUAAACAUUACCACAGUAAAAUUAAGGUCAUGGUCGCUGAAUUCAUAGACGACCAUUGCUCAAGACCAUGGAGAACUGUUUCUCUUAUUGCAGCAUGCAUGCUUUUGCUCUUCACCGCCGUGCAAACCAUUUACUCACUUCAUCGUAAGCUUCUUGCAAAUUAAUCUCCUGCAUUUUUAAUUAGGUAUGCACAAGUUUUCUAAGCAAUGUUCCUAAAAUUUAGCAGCCCCCACCUGAAGCUUACUUUAAUGCAUCUAGGUAUACCAUCUUUAUUUCCUAUUGGGUAUUAU